UACUUGAACUCUAAUCAUAAAACAUUUUGUUUGAAGAAAAAUUAUAAAUUAUUUAUUCUCUUUCUGUCUUUCUCUCAUUUUUAAAGAUUUCUUAUUCGAUACCGCUAGAUUAUUUAAGCAUAAUGUUUAAAAAUGAAUCAUUUGACACUGUAGGCUUUGAAUCACAAGUGUCAGUUACAAAACCAGAGGUAUCCGCUAACGUACAAACUACAGAAAUCACAUAUUUUUCUAAUAAAACUCAAACUGUAGAAAAAAAAAAUGCAGAGACUCAAACUAUACAAGAACAGGCAAAGACACCAAACGUUGAUUAUAACAAAUUGGCAAAUUUUUUGAAAAAAGUUACACCAAGCUUAUUAGAAGCAUUGGAUGAAGCUUACAAUACCAAUGCUUUUGAAAGUUAUGAUACAGAAACAACAAAGUAUACAUCUACUAAUUUGCAGUUAUUGAAAAGAUUGAACACUAUAGAAGAAUCAGAUAAACAGGCUUCAUUACAGACAAAAAUAAGUGAUUUGUCAUGGAGUAUCGCAGGUGGAACAUUAGUUGUAUCUCAUAGCAUUGUAUACCAUGAAACUUGGUGCGACCAUCUUUCAAAAAUACAAUUGUACAGUUUAUCGAGAGAAGACAAACUUUCAGAUAUUCCUAAUACAACUUUGGAAGUCAAUUCUUGUGUUACAGCUUUGUCUUAUCAUCCCGUUGAACCUUCAAUUUUAGCAGCAGGCUUGUUUAAUGGAGAUGUUCUAGUUUGGAAUCUUAGAAAUGAUGAUUCCAUUAUUCCGAUAUAUGUUUAUAUUCAUGGUGACACUGUCUCUCAAAUAUAUUGGAAGCCAAGAACUAUGAAUGAUGUUUCUAUUUUAGUGACUUCAAGUAGAGAUGGAUAUAUCAUAGUUAACAAAUUAAUGGCUAACUUUACAACAACUCGUUUGCACAAACAAUUCAAAAUAAUAAAAGAACAUAAUCCAAUAGAAAAUUCAAGACCUCGAAGCGCAGGAGGCACACGCGAACGUGCAGCAGAAGCUGGAUUAUGUAUUACCAGUUUUGAUUUUUCAUGGAAAGAUCCAAAUAUUUUCAUUGUAGGAACAUUAUGUGGUGGAAUAUAUAAAUGUUCUCUCGAUCGUGUGUCUCCUAUCGAAGGAGAUGAAAAUCUUUCGGAUCCAGUGAUAGAUGAGUACGAUAGAUACGAAGGAAGUAUAACGUGUAUCAAAUGUUCACCAAAUCGUGAUUUAUUUAUUAUCUGUGGGACGAAUAAAGAUAUUCGUAUAUACGAUUUGGAUGAGAACGUCUGUCAGCAAUCAAUUUCAGUGGAAAGUACCAUAAUUGGUUUAACGUGGAUGACAGGAGAUAAAAAUAUAUUUGCAACAUUCGGAGCUGGAACUGAAAUUAAAUUUUAUGACGUAAACGAUGGUAAAACCGUGAAAAAUAUAAAACUCGAAAUAACUGGCAAAGCUAGUAUUAGUAAUCUAUGUGUCAAUUCUAAAAGGGACAUCCUAGUUACGGGGGACAUACAUGGUUAUUUAGAACUUUGGAAAGUUCCUCGGCAAUUGUUCUGAGAAAAUUCGAUAUUGGGAAAUUUCCAACCAAUUUAAGAAACAUCCGAGUUAUAUAAGGAACGUAUAUGCGUACUUAGAAAUUUGGAAAAUUCUUCAGAAAUUAUUUUAACAAAAUAUUUAUUUCUUUACGAUUGUUGUUUCAUAUUUAUCAUUUUUAUAAUUAGGGUUUUCUUCUUAAGGGUAGCCAUCUAAAUAUCUUUAUCACUUGUAAUGUAACAAGGAAUUUUUUAUUAGGUAUUUUGAAUCAAACGAUGAAUACGUUGCAAAAAAUAUUUUUGUACUAGAAUUAUUUUUUUAAUUUUCAAUGCCAGCAAUAUUUUUUCUUUUUUACAUUUAUAACUGAUAUGCGUCUAGAAACGUAUAAUGAUUAGUGACAUGUCCUUGAAAUGACCUUGUAUUUUCGAAAUUAAAAUUAAACAUAUUAUUUAUUUUUAUCGAGAUCAUAAACCUCAGCAGCGACAGGUGAAAACUUAUGAAUAUAUAAUAUAUAAGUCAUAUACAAUAAUAAAAGAAAAUAUUUAUUGACAUUCAAAUGAUAUAACUGUAUGCCUUGAAAGUAAUUUCAGAUAAAAUGUUUAAAAUAAAAACAAACGAUAGGAGAAAAUAAUUUAUCUUAAUGCGUAAUUUAUCCGUUACUUUGGAUUACAAUUAUUGAUUACACGAUAACAAACGAAUAAAAUAUACGUUUGAUAACAUUAUGAUAUUUUAUAAAUAAAUUAAAACAGAUCAAAAUAUACUUUAAAUUAUUUAUUUGCAUUAGGAUAACUAUAAAUAUCAAUGUUUAUUAUAAAAAUAGAAACUGCGAGUCAACAAACAUUGGUAAUUCUUCCACAAAAGUUGGCAGCUUACCAAAUACCGGUUUUCUUAGCGAAUCUAUGUCGUCUCUCUGUUGUGAAAAUAAUGAUAAGAAUGUAAUUAACACAAUAUGUUGUUCACUUGAAAAUUUCUUUCACAUAUGUAAGUAUAUAAAAAAAAAAAUGUGUGUAUUCUGACAUCGUGUUAAUUAAAAUUAAUGUUCAAUUCACUCGGUAAUAUUAACAAUAUUUCGAUAAAAUAAAUAUUUAAAUUCUUGGUAAAUAAACGUCAUUGGUUGAAUUGCGUAUAAAUAAAUGUGUUGAAGCGUCAACGACAAUGACAAACAAAAAUGAAAAAUGGCUAUUCUAUUUCGUCAUUCUUUAUAUAUAUAUAUAUGUAUAGUCAAAGUAGGAAAUCCGGAAUUGUGAACAAUGAAUGCUUAGGCAUUGUUACGGAAUUUUCCUAGGCAUUGUUCACAAUUCCGGCAUUUCCUAUUUGAACUAUACACAUUCAAUUGUUUGAACACAAGCACGAAAUGGUAGGAGAAUAAAAAAAAAUUAAUAUUUACGUGUAAAAAAAGUCUAUUUACAUAUAUAUA